AUGGGGCGGGGAGAAGCCAGCCAGCAGCAAGGAGAGAAAGUCCAACCUCCGCAGGCGUUCCGCGCGGCCAGGCCAACCUCCCAUUCCAGGGGCGGGCACCGACGGAGCAGUGCUGCGUGCCCCGCGCGCCGGGAGACCCAGGCUGAGAUGCAGGCCGAGAUCCAGAUGUUCCUGCUCGUGCCCCUGCUGCUGGCCCCGGCCCCUGGGUCCUCGGCUCCCAAGGUGAGGCGGCAGAGUGACCUCUGGGGCCCCUGGGGCAGCUGGGGCCCCUGCAGCCGGACCUGCGGAGGGGGCAUCAGCUUCCGGGAGCGCCCCUGCUACUCCCAGAGGACAGACGGAGGCUCCAGCUGCGUGGGCCCUGUCCGGAGCCACCGUUCUUGCCACACUGAGAGCUGCCCCACCGGUGCCAGGGACUUCCGGGCUGAGCAGUGUGCCCAGUUCGACGGCCAGGACUUCCAGGGAAAGCGUUACAAAUGGCUGCCCUACUACGGGGCCCCGAACAAGUGUGAACUGAACUGCAUUCCCAAGGGGGAGAACUUCUACUACAAGCACAGGGAGGCUGUUGUGGACGGGACGCCCUGCGAGCCUGGCAAACGGGACGUGUGUGUGGAGGGCAGCUGCCGGGCCGUUGGCUGUGACCACAACCUAGACUCAUCAAAGGAGGAGGACAAGUGUCUGCAGUGUGGGGGUGACGGCACCACCUGCUACCCCGUCACAGGCACCUUUGAUGCCAAUGACCUCAGCAGAGGCUACAACCAGAUUCUCAUAAUUCCCUCGGGGGCUACCAGUAUCCGGGUGGAGGAGGUGGCCGCCAGCAGGAACUUCCUGGCGGUGAAGAGCAUCCGUGGCGAAUACUACCUCAACGGGCACUGGACCAUCGGGGGUGCCUGGGCCCUGCCUGUGGCCAGCACUGUCUUGUACUACGAGCGAGGGGCCGAGGGGGACCUGGCGCCUGAGCGGCUCCUGGCUCGCGGCCCCACCUCAGAGCCCCUAGUCAUUGAGCUCCUCAGCCAGGAGCCCAACCCAGGCGUGAGCUACGAGUACCACCUGCCCCUGGGCAGCCCCCGGCCCGGCUUCCACUGGAGCCACGGCUCGUGGAGUGACUGCAGCACCGAGUGCGGUGGAGGUCACCAGUCCCGCCCAGUGUUCUGCACCACUGACAACGAGGUCUACCCUGACCACAUGUGCCAGCCCCAGCUGCGGCCGACUGACCACCGCCCCUGCAGCACUCACCCCUGUCCGCAGACCAAGCGGACCUCUUACCUGCACCAGCCCAGAGCGUGGCACCUUGCUGGGGCCCAGCGUGCCUGCAGGAACAGCUGGAAGACGGGGCCCUGGUCGCCCUGCUCAGCCUCCUGUGGCGGCGGCUCCCAGUCCCGCUCUGUCUACUGCGUCUUGUCCGAUGGGGCUGGCGUCCAGGAGGCCACUGAGGAGGCCGAGUGUGCAGGCCUGCCCGGGAAGCCCCCCACCAUGCGGCCUUGCAACCUGCAGCGCUGUGCGUCCUGGAGCGCGGAGCCCUGGGGAGAGUGUUCUGUCAGCUGUGGUCCCGGGAUCCGGAAGCGGAGUGUCACUUGUCGGGGCGACGAGGGGUCUCUGCUCCAGGCGACAGCGUGCUCCUUGGAGGACCGCCCCCCCGUCUCUGAGCCCUGCGCGCAUGAAGACUGUCCCCCCGUCAGCGACCAGGCCUGGCAUGUGGGCGCCUGGGGUCUAUGCUCCAAGAGUUGCAGCUCGGGCACUCGGCGUCGCCAGGUCGUCUGUGCCCUCGGGCUGCCCAGCCGCUGUGGGAGCCUGGCGCAGUCCAAGCCUGGGGAGGUGGAGCCCUGUAACACACAGCCCUGCCACCUUCCUCCAGGUGUCCCCAGCAUGCAGGACAUGCACAGCAGCCCCGGGGAUCCUCGCAUAUCUCUGGGGCCUCAGGCGGCCCCCACCUCAGAUUCCAGAGGCCAGUGGUGGGCCCGUCAAGAGCAACCCUUGGCCCAAGGAAACCCCACAGGAGCCCAGGGCCUCCACCUGCCCGCCCCAGCCCCCUCUUUUCAGCAAUCCCCACACAGACAGUCUGGCUUGGCACCCCACGACUGCAGACUCAGCCCCUAUGGGUGCUGUCCUGACGGCCACACUGUAUCUCUUGGGCCACAGUGGCAGGGCUGUCCUGGGGCCUCAUGUCAGCAGAGCAGGUACGGGUGCUGCCCUGAUGGGGUGUCUGUGGCUGAGGGGCCCCAUCAAGCUGGCUGUGCAGCAUCUUACAGCAGUGAUAAGACCGGGAGAAGGCCGGUGUCGAGAGCAGUGGCUUCCACAGCUCCCAAGGCCCACCAGCCCCAGGCUCAGCAGAAGGAGCCCAGUGAGUGCCAGGGCUCCCGGUUUGGCUGUUGCUAUGAUAAUGUGGCCUCUGCUGCUGGUCCUCUUGGGGAAGGCUGUGUGGGCCAGCCCGGCUAUGCCUACCCUGUGCGGUGCCUGCUGCCCAGUGCCCAUGGCUCCUGCACAGACUGGGCCGCACGCUGGUACUUCGUCCCCUCCGUGGGCCAGUGUAACCGCUUCUGGUAUGGCGGGUGCCAUGGCAACGGCAAUAACUUUGCCUCCGAAGAGGAGUGCGUGAGCAGCUGCCGGGGACGUCAACAGGAGCCCCCCAGACCUGAGCCUGGGGCCUCUGGCCAGAGCACCCAUAGAGACGGUGGUGGCAGCGGUCCUGGAGGCCAGCAAGAGGCCGGCGGGCACAGGACGGGGGCCGCAGUCCAGACGAGGCCCUUGCCUUCUGGUGGCCUCUGGUGGCGAGACCGAGAGCCUGGGCCUGGAGAGGAGGGCCACGCCCAGGCCUUUGGAGAGAGGCCCCUGGGCCAGGAGCUUGGGCCCAGUGCCCCUGGACUGGGCGGAGAUGCCGGGAGGCCAGCGGCGCCCUCCCACAGCUCUUCCUACAGGAUCAGCUUGGCAGGCUCGGAGCCAGCCCUGGUGCAGGCGGCCCUGGGGCACUUAGUGCGGCUCUUCUGUCAAGACGACACCUCCCUGGAGCCCCAUGCCAGGUGGCAGAAAGAUGGGCGGCCCAUCUCCUCUGACAGGCACAAGCUGCAGCCUGAUGGCUCCCUGGUCAUCAGUCCCCUGCGGGCAGAGGACACUGGCACCUACAGCUGUGGCAGCAGCAGGCCAGGCCGUGACUCUCAGAAGAUCCAGCUUCGUGUCACAGGGGGUGAUGUGGCCGUGCUGUCUGAGGCUGAGCCAAGGCACUUCCCUCAGACCAGGGACCCAGCCCAGGGCCACAGUCCUCGGGAGUCCAGCCUAGUGGGGAACGCGGGGGGCCUGGGGGCUGUCUCCUCCUUGCAGAUUCGGCCCACGACCAGGCUGCUUCUGGACAGGAACCAGCCUAGGGUGGUGGACGCCCAUCCAGGUCAGCGGAUCCGGUUGACCUGUCGUGCUGAGGGCUUCCCACCCCCAGUCAUUGAGUGGCAAAGAGAUGGGCAGCCCCUCUCCUCCCCCAGACACCAGCUGCAGCCCGAUGGCUCUCUGGUCAUCAGCCACGUGGCUCUGGAAGAUGGCGGCUUCUAUGCCUGUGUCGCUUUCAACGGGCAGGACCGAGACCAGAGAUGGGUCCAGCUCAGAGUUCUGGGGGAGCUGGCCAUCACAGAACUGCCCUCUACUAUGCUGGUGCCAGAGGGUGACACGGCCAGGCUGCUAUGCGUGGUGACAGGAGAAAGCGUAAACAUCAGGUGGUCCAGGAAUGGGCUGCCGGUGCGGGCCGACGGGCAUCGAGUCUACCAGUCCCCAGAUGGCACACUGCUGAUCCACAACCUGCAGCCCAGAGACGAGGGCUCCUACACGUGCAGUGCCUACCGUGGAAGCCAGGCAGUCAGCCGCAGCACGGAGGUGAAGGUGGGCCCGCCGGCACUGGCAGCCCAGCCCAGGGACCUCAGCAGGGAGUGUACGGAUCAGCCUGAGCUGGCCAACUGUGAUUUGAUCCUGCAGGCCCAGCUCUGUGGCAAUGAGUAUUACUCCAGCUUCUGCUGUGCCAGCUGUUCCCGCUUCCAGCCUCACGCUCGGCCUGUCUGGCAGCAGGGAUGAAGGCUAGCUCCAGCCCCAGUCCUGAAGCAAGUCUCUGGCUGCUGUCUCUGGCUGGCAAAGGGAGCGAUCUUCUAGAGAAUGGGCUCUUUCAGCCCCCGACCCCCCCCCCCCCCCCCCCCCCCC